AAUGUUCGAUGGCCGAAAGAUGGAAGUGUUAUAAUGAAUAUACCCAAGUUAAAUUGCAUCGAUUCCAUAACGAUGCCUACAUCUGCAGUGCUGCAAGAGAAUACGAUAUAUGCCUAAACAAUAUACUUGAUGACUGCAAAGCAAAUCCCCAUGUUGCAGACGUUGGCCUCGUUAUCAGUCAGGCCAAACAUAUUCAAAAGGAGAUGAAAGAUAUCCGAAAAGCGCAUAAAUGCGGUGCCUGUGAGAAGAAACACAGUCUGGUCGCUAUUACUCUAGGGCUGCUGUAUUAUUUCCUUACUUUGAAGUCCUGAUUUUUGAACAACAACUCUUCAGCAAAAGUUUAUAAAAAUUCUUUU